AUGCUUAGAAAUUUCGUUGUUAUGCUUCAGUUUUUCGUAUUAUCGGUGCUAUUUUUACCGAGCCCUUCAUUGUUCUUUCAUGUGGAAGCUGAAAAUACCAUUGAUUUCUCAUUUGAUCUAAUUCACAGAGAUUCCCCUGAAUCACCCCUUUACAAUUCUUCCUUAACAUCGUAUGAUCAUCAGAGAAAUGCUUUCCAACAUUCAAUAGAUCGCAUGAAUUAUUUAGUAUCUACAAAUGUCCUUCCGAGCGGAGGCGGAUACCUAAUGAAAAUUUCAUAUGGCACCCCAUCGUUUGAAACAUUAGCCUUAAUCGACACGGGGAGUUUCCUCUCCUGGACACAAUGCCUACCUUGUAUACAUUGUUUCACUGAAACUGUUCCUCUUUUUGAUCCCAAAAAUUCUUCAACUUUUGAGUUCAUUCCUUGCGGGUCUAAAGAAUGCCUGGAAACCGAGCAAUUCACGUGCGAUCCAAAAUCGAAAUCGAAUCGUUGCUCAUAUGGAAUUCUUUACGGGGGAGGUACUAUAGCUAGAGGAGACGUCGCGGUGGAUACUAUAACUUUGAGAAGUGGUUCAGACCAAAAAAAUGUGUCCAUUCCGAACUUUGUUUUCGGAUGUGGGAAUAACAACACUGGUGACUUUUCAGCUAUAGGAUCUGGAAUACUUGGUUUCGGGUUUGGGGACCAAUCAUUUGUUUCGCAACUGUAUACUUCAAUCCAAGGCAAAUUCUCCUAUUGCCUUGGGGUAUCAACUCCGGAAGUAUCAGAACUCGGGAAGCUCAAACUCGGUCCGAACGACGUGUUUUCGAGUGGUGCCGGCGUAGUUUCAACAACAUUACUGAAUCUAAAGAAUUUCUACACCGUGACACUAGAAGGAAUAAGUGUGGAAGGUACAUCAUUAGGCCAAUAUUCAAACGACAUUAUUAUCGAUUCAGGAACUACGGUAACUUUUCUUCCAACGGUACUCUACGAAGAUCUUCAAUCAACCUUGAAACAAAAGAUUAACUCGGACGAAUUAAUCGUGCCGGAUCCGUUAAAAAGCCUGGGAUUGUGUUAUUCUUCGUUAGAAGGAGUUAGUGUUCCUAAUGUUACUAUACAUCUCAAAGGUGCAGACUUGGAACUCAACCCAGUCAACACUUUUGUAAGUACCUCAAUUUCUUCCAUUUGUUUGGCCUUUGCGCCUACUGAUGAUUCGGGCACCUUGAUUUUGGGCAACCGACAACAAAUGAACUUUUGGGUCGGAUAUGACUUGGAUGCGAAAGUUGUCUUGUUUAAGCCUUCAGACUGUACUGCAGAACAGUAA